AUAGACCUACACAGGUUUAAAGUCCGUAUAUGUUUAUUUUUUAAUAAACGCCAAACAACAACAAAAUUAGUUCGGUAUUUUUACCGCUAGAUGGCCGACGAUUUAUCAGCUUUCUUUGCGAAACAUAACUAACGAAACUGACUAUCUUUGGUCCAUUCUAUAUUUCGUCUGUGGUUGUUUAUACAGUAAACUUCGCACGACUUUAAUCGAAACUGUUGCCCGAAUUCAAAUUCCUUUAACAAUUCCCGAACAGUGGCAAACAGCACAAAGAGAAUGAAGCUAUCCCAAGCUUUCGUUGAAACUGAUACAAUAAAUACCAGCUCGUGUAGGUUAUGUCUUCGCUCCGAAGUCUGCUUAACGUCAAUAUUUACCGAGGGAGAAGCGUCCCAAUGUUUACGUUCCCGCAUUCUAGAUUGCUGUCCCGUCACGCUGUUCGAAGACAACCGGCUGCCGCAAGCGAUUUGCAGCGUGUGCAAAGACCAGGUAGCAGUUACGUACCAGUUUCGCGAGCAAUGCAGAAAAUCGGAACGGUGGCUUCGAUCGCUUUAUGGAUCCAAUUGUUGGAGCGACGAACCGCGCCGCGUCGACACGCCGAGCUGCAAAAUCGUUCGAGAUUGCGGCGUACAAACCGAUGAAAGAACAGGAGUAUCUAUCCAUUCGGGGAAAGAAAUAGACGAUAAUCGAAACGCAUCUCGUGGAGAAACGAUCGUGGAACGCCCAUCGCGAGUUAGUCUAAUAGAAAAGAAAGAAAGAAAGGAAGAAGCUCUUUUGGCGACGACUCGAUCCACGAAGAGGACCGUUGAAGGAUCGGGAAUCGUUGAGGAGAAAAGGAGCAGGAAGGAUGCGACCGUCGCUCAUCGAUCCCAGCAGAACACGCAAGAGAGUACAAUGAUCGAACAUGUCUAUUCGGAGGAGCUCCAGUUUCCAGAGGAUACGCGCAUCUCGAACAGCACGCAUAAAGAUAAAGAUGGGAAUGAAAGCUCUGAAAAUCGAGCGAAACCGACCGACGGCGAAACAGGGAAACCGUACCUGUGCGACGUCUGUAGCAAGACGUUCGCCUCCAAGUCCGGAUUGCGGUUUCAUUUCAAGACACACGGCGGCGCGAAGCCUCACCUGUGCCGGCAUUGCGGCAAGGGGUUCGCCAUCCCGAGUUACGCGAAAAGGCACGAGCGAACCCACGUGGGCGACAAACGUUUCGUUUGUCAUUUUUGUAGCGCCGCGUUCGCCUCCUCGAACGGUCUCAAGUAUCACUUGAUGUCCCACACCGGCGAGCCGAGUUACCGCUGCGAAACUUGCAGCAAGGCUUUCUAUCGUUACAAAUACCUCAAAGAGCAUAUUUUCACCCACACGGGGGAGAAACCGUUCGUUUGUAAAACGUGCGGCUUCGCGUAUGGAAAUUCUGGCAGCCUGUUCGUUCACGAAAAAAAGUGCAAGGCGAGAUUAUCGCGCGUCAACGACGAACGCGAAGCCACGGUCGAAGCGUCGAAUCGCGACACCGAUUUCGGAGAUUGAUCUUCGC